AUGGCUAAUAUACCAAGCUUGUCUAUUUUCAGUGCGAGAUUGUUGCCGACCGCAGAUGAGGUCCGCCACGGCAAGCACAUUAUCAACGAACUCAACAAUCAAAUAAAGAAUUCUCAGAAGGGAACCGAAGGACUUCAACGUCAAAGAGAUAUUUAUGCGUCCUACAUUUCCCCAUUUCGACGACUUCCAACAGAAAUUUUGAACGAGAUCCUGGAAAUAUUGCUGAAUAAAGGCAUGAAAAUUACAAGAAUAACCCAAAUCU